UAUUUUUCAUUUUCUAUUAUUUUUCUUUGUUUUUAGUGUUCUUUCAUUAUAUUUCUGUUUGAUACUCACAUAAUAUAUUCAUCUUUGUUGUUUAUCUAGUGAUAUCAUUUCCUUACGUAGCGCCAAAUUCAAACACAAGUGCUUUCUCUUAGUAUAGACUGUAUCGAUCGUGCGAUAAGGGUUUGCUUCUUUUAAACUAUUUUUCUCUUAAACCGGGGAGAAAAGAGAUAAAGAAAUGGGGUUGCCUUCUUCUCAAAAGUCAUAUAUUCUUUUGCUCCUCCUCUCUUUUCUCAAUGUCUCCACCAUUUACUCACGGAAGCAAUCAAAAGAAGACGUGCUUUUUGGCGGGAACUUUCCGGCUAUUUAUGUUAUUGGAGAUUCAUUGGUCGAUCCAGGAAACAAUAACCACCUUCCGACGUUAAUCAAAGCGAAUUAUCCACCUUAUGGUUCUGACUUUGAAGGAGGCAAAGCUACCGGACGUUUUAGCAAUGGCAAAACAAUUGCUGACUACAUUGCUAUUUAUUAUAAGCUUCCUUUGGUACCUGCUAUUUUGGAAUUAUCUGACAGCCGGAAGGACAUUAUCUCAACUGGUUUUAAUUAUGCUUCUGCUGGCUGUGGGAUUCUUCUUCUCACAGGAAAGAUUGCGGGAAGAUGUCUCUCGUUGAGCACCCAAGUUGAUAUGUUCGAGGAGACCAUCGAAAAUAAUCUGAAGACGAAUUUUAAAGCGCCAUUUGCGCUGAGAGAACACUUGGAGCAAUCUUUGUUCGUGAUCGUGAUUGGGGUUAACGACUAUGCAAACUUCUAUACUAGGUUAACCGAUGCAAAUGAUUUCGCGGACAGGCUUCUUCAUAAGUUCUUGGAACACAUAGAGAAAUUGCAUGAGUUAGGAGCAAGAAAGUUCUUCGUCAACAACAUUAAACCAUUAGGAUGUUACCCGAAUAUGGUAGCAAAGACCGUGCCACGCGGAAGCUGCAACGAACGUGUAAACCUUGCGAUCAACAUUUACAACGAGAAGCUUAGAAAUAGCCUACCUGUUAUGAAGAAAAAAUUAAACAACACUUCUUUUUUGUACUCCGAUUACUUCAAGUUCAUGUUGGGACUAAGAGGACCGUCAAAAAACCAAGUUAGUUCGAAUCUAUUGAACACGACAGGCCCGUGUUGUCCUUUAGAUUACGAUGGAAGUUUAACCUCAAGUUGCAAGCGCAGUUCGGUUUCGUGUAAGGCACCAGACACUACUCAUAUUUUCUUUGAUCCGCGUCAUCCGACUCAGUUGGCGAAUCUCAUGUACUCCAUUGCGUGUUUCGACGAGAGAACUAUUUGCCAUGUGGUGUGAUUGAGCAAUCUUUAGAACAACACCAAUGUGGUUGUUGUUUAUUUCUUUCAUCAUCAAUUCUUGAAACAUUUUGUUACCAAGUCUUAUGUUUUUCAAUAUUCAAC